UGUUUGCCCUUGUUUUUCUUGGUCUCGCCCUCGAGCUCCAUCAAUGGCGGAACCCGAGCACUUAUGCCCUCGGGAUCGAACCCUUCCCAUGUCCUUAGACCUCCUUCCCUCUGCUCUCCUCGCCACUAUCCUCUCCCGCCUCGACCUCCGUUCCCUCCGCUUCGCCGCCGCCACCUGCUCCUCCUUCCGCUCCGCCGCCGAUCACGUUCUCUCCUUCAUGCCUUCCUUUCAUUUCAUUGAGAUUGCUCCCACUUUGGAUGUGCUUCGGCCGCUGAUGCCGCCGAAUCCUUAUCUCCGGAGCUUGAAAAUGGAUUGCAGACGGCUUGAUGAUUCGGCGAUUAGGUUUCUCGCUAGGGCUUCUCUCCAUGAGCUUUGUCUUCACAAUUGCGAGAGAUUGAGUGGGAAGCUGCUGUCUGAAAUUGGCUCCAAGUGCCGCGAUCUUAGGUUUCUAUCUUUAAGCUCACUAGCUGAACGGAGGAGGUUAUUGAUUCUUUUCUCUGACCUAAAAGAGCUGCUCAGAGGUUGUUCUGCUUUGGAGUCAUUGAGCUUGGUGUUUGAUAUCUCAGCAUUUAGUCAUCCUGAGUUUGCUCAGGUAUGGGCUGGUGCUUCUCUGAAACUUACUUCUCUUGAGAUUGGCUACAUUCCUAUGACAAUGCUGACUGAAUUGCUUGAAUCAACUGUGGCCUCACGCCAGCCACCACAUCAUGUGAAACCCUCUAUAUUUCCAAGCCUUCAGAAGUUAUGCCUUUCUGUUGAUUAUAUUACAGAUGAACUGGUCACCUCUAUUUCAACUGGUUUAGUUUCCUUGACCCAUUUGGAUCUUCAAGAUUCUCCUAUUAUUGAACCCGCUACAGAGAUGGAUCUUACCAAUGCUGGUCUGCCACAAAUCAAUGCUCAUGGGAAGUUGAAACACUUAUCAUUGAUUCGAAGUCAGGAGUUUUGUUUUACGUACUUCCGCCGAGUGAAUGACCUUGGCCUGCUCUUAAUGUCUGAUACUUGUGCUUCACUAGAGAGCAUCUGCCUUGGUGGUUUCUGCCGUGCCACAGAUACUGGUUUUAGGGCCCUUCUGCAUUCAUGUUCUAGACUUCGCAAGCUGAGAGUAUCUCAUGGAAGCCAACUGACUGAUCUGAUGUUUCAUGAUAUUUCUGCCACUUCCCUCUCUCUGACACAUGUUAGCCUAAGGUGGUGUAAUCUCUUGACUAACCUUGGGAUAACUGGAUUGUCAUCAAACACAAAUUUAAGUGUUCUUGAUUUGAGGGAUUGCAGAAAACUGGGAGAUGAUGGCUUGAAGGCAUUAAGCUCUCUUUCCAAGCUGCAUAUUUUACAGUUGGACAGUACUGAUAUUACUGAUAUAGGAUUAUCAUACCUGAGUUCUGGGACCUGCCCAUUGAUAUCCUUGUCUCUUAGAGGUUGCAAAAGGUUGACAGAUAAGUGUAUUUCAUUCAUAUUUGGUGGUACAUUUGGGAGAUUUUUGCAAGUUUUAGACCUGUCAAGGCUUCCAAACCUUUCUGACAAUGGGAUUCUUUCCCUGGCAAAAAGUAGGGUUCCAAUACUUGAACUCCGCAUCCGAGAAUGCCCACGCAUUGGAGAUACUUCAGUCAUGGCACUGGCAUCAAUGCAGAUUGAGGGGGGGUCUUAUGGAAGUAGUCUUAAAGUGUUGGAUCUUUUUGAAAGCGGUGGCAUCACAGCCCGUGCAAUCCAGUGGUUUAAGAAACCAUACUUUCCAAGCUUGAGAUGGUUGGGAGUGACAGGUUGCUUGAAUAGGGAUAUGGUUGAUGCUCUGGCCAGAAGCCGACCUUUCUUGCAUGUUGCUUGCCUUGGUGAGGAACUGGGUCCAGGGUAUCGGGAUGUAUCAGCUGGGUGGUACAGGCAUGAAGAGGAUGAAAUGGAUGAGUUCGAACAAUGGCUUUUGGAUGGUGAAGAUGGGAUUGAUGAUGAAGACAUGCUGGAGUAGUGGAAGUAAUGGCCAACAUGGUGACUUGUGCAGAAUGCGUCAGUUCAUAUUUACAAUUCCUUAGUCUCUAUGGAGGUUCUACUGCAGAUUAUUAUAAUAGAAAGAAAAAAUUGACGGUAAAUUUCAUUCUGUUCAUUCUUGUAUCAUUCCUUCAUUAUGUAUGCCAAAUCAUGAUGUUCAUAGUUGUGUGUUCAAUUAUUGAAGUUCACUUUAUGGCUUGUAAGUGGCACAUCUUCCAUUAUAGAGUCCAGUCAGUUCCAUCUUCAUAGUCAGCUAUCCUUGGCUACUAUAGAGUUUCUUGAAAAUUUUCUUCAUUGGAAGUAUCAGUUCAAACUUUCUUAGAGCAGGGAACCAUUUUGUUGCAACAUAGGGGAAUAUAAUGGUUUUAUUGUCUA